AUGUCGCAUUCGAACCCUCAGCGGCGAAUGUCGUCCAUCGACCGCGAAGAUGCCGAUAUUGCACAUGCAGAACUGCAAGCUGAGCCGGAACGAUGGCGAAACUAUCCAGAGGCCCAACGAAUGGAACGCGCAUAUGACAGCUAUCACGCGCAUGAUCGAGAAACUGGACCGACAGAAGUACCCGAGGAACCGCGUGAAGAAAUCGAGGAGGCAGAGGAGGAAGAGGAGCUUCCCCGAGCCCGUGGCAAGCGUGAGAUGUCCAGCGUCAGCACGAAUCCGGAUUUCGAAGCCAUCCAGACAGGUGGCACGCGCUACCGCACCAAUCGUCUGGACUCUGUAGGCACUACCCUCUCAACAACCUCCACGAGGAUGGAGCGGGCGUUUAUGGACUACCUCGACCGGCACCCCACAGCCAUCAAACGCAUGGAAGAACACCGCCUCCAACACUCCCACACGGUCGGAACGACGAAGUCCCGCGACGGCGUUCCCCUUCCCAGCUUUGGCGGUGGGAAACCUUACCCUCCUCCUCUUCCGGAGCGGGAAGAGUACGUCGUGGAAUUCGACGGCCACGAGGACCCGCGGCACGCCCAGAACUGGCCGCUAAAGACCAAACUCAUUAUCGCCGGGAUCUUGAUCCUCGACGCGCUGGCCGCAACCUUCGCCUCCUCCGUUUUCUCCCCUGCAAUGACCUAUAUCGAGGAGCACUUCCGUGUCGGACGCGAGGUAGCGACGCUCGGCACCUCCCUCUUCGUCCUCGGUUACGCUGUCGGACCGAUUAUAUUUGCGCCCAUGUCCGAGCUGUACGGUCGUCGUGUCCCCGUCAUCAUCGCCGCCUUUGGCUUCGGGAUUUUCAACAUCACUGUUGCGGUGGCCAAGGACUACCAGACGCUCAUGCUCGGCCGCUUCUUCGCCGGUCUCUUUGGCUCCAGUCCUCUGACUGUCGUCGCUGCCGUGUUCGCGGAUAUGUUCUCGAACGAAGCGCGUGGUGUCGCUGUGGCUUGCUUUUCCGCUACCAUCAUCUGCGGACCCUUUACCGGCCCGUUCAUUGGAGGAUUCAUAGCGAAGUCUUACCUGGGAUGGAGAUGGACGGCGUACAUUCCCGCUUUCAUGGGGUUUGCAGCCUGCAUAUUGGCUGUCUUCUUCCAAAAGGAGAGCUACGGUCCGGUCAUCCUCGUUGACAAGGCAUCCGAGCUUCGCCGUAUGACCCGGAACUGGGGCAUUCACGCUAAGCAAGAAGAAGUUGAGGUCGAUCUCAAGGAGCUGUUGAGCAAGAAUAUCUCGCGUCCGCUGCGUAUCCUGUUCACUGAACCGAUCGUACUACUAGUUACGAUCUACAUGUCAUUCAUCUACGGCCUGCUGUAUCUCAAUCUCACCGCUUACGGGCUGGUCUUUGGCCAAGUCCACGGUUUCAGCAAUGGCGUCAACGGGCUGCCAUACAUCGGACUAAUCAUUGGCGUGAUGAUUGGGUUUGUGUGCGUGGUACUGAUGAAUCCGGGUUACGUGAAGAAGUUGAAGGCGAACAACAACAUCCCUGUCCCCGAAUGGCGUCUUCCAUUGACCAUGGUUGGCGGCAUCAUCUUCUGCGCUGGCCUCUUUUGGUUUGGCUGGGCCGGCUACAUGAAGUCCACUCCAUGGAUCGUUCCCACCCUCGCCGGCCUCUUCCUGGGCUUCGGCAUUUACGCCGUCUUCUUACAGUGCCUAAACUACAUCAUCGACGCAUAUCUCAUGUUCGCAGCCUCUGCAAUCGCAGCAAACACCUUCAUGCGUUCCAUCUUCGGCGCCGUCUUCCCGCUCUUCGGUUACUACAUGUUCGAAGGCAUCGGUAUCAACUGGGGCAUGUCACUACUUGGUUUCGUCGCCGCGGCAUUCAUCCCCAUGCCCUUUAUCUUUUACAUUUACGGCAAGAAGCUUAGGUCUAUGUCUAAGUUCGCGCCGGCACUGGAUAUCCAACAGGACAAGCGGAGGGACGAGGAAGCGCGAAUGGGUGGGGAUGCUUCAGCGAAUACUGCUGCCAACGAUGCCGGCGAGGAGAGUGAGGGUACGUCGGGCCUCAAGCCUUCAAGGAGUAGUUCGGCGGAGAAUGCGGAGAAGGAGAAGGAGCAUAAGGUUGAGUAAUAGCCGACCUGGAGGAGUUGCAAGACUUUUAAUAUCUGCUGUUGAGUGUGAACUUGUUGUGUCUUGGUAGGAUAGCAGCCUUUCUUGCUUACCACCGACACUCACUUCGUAGGACAGCUAAAUAGAACCUCCUUCUAUCGCACUUAAUCAACAAGAACUCAAUUGCGCGCAAGUGUCAGCGCGCAGC